GCGAUGGGCGAUGGGUAGGCAAUUUUUCAAAACGCGAUAUUUCUUAUUUUUCGCGUUGGUUGAUCGAUCAAACCUGAGUUUUUGAUGGAUAUGGGAGUCUUGUACCCAAAACUGUAAAUAAUUCAUAGAUCAGUCUUCCCAAAGGUCACUGGGAGAAGUGCUGAAAAGCUUGUGCGUCGGUGCUCGUCAACGAUCGGGGAAGGUUGGGAGGGGUCGCCAUUAUUGUUCAGUCCCUGCUGGAAACGGCACCAGAAGGUGUAGGAGUUCGCUGCCGCCGACCCGCCCGGUACCUGGCGUCAUGCCGGAGCCUGUGCGAAACACCCACCCGGCCGGCGGGCCCGCUGCCUCCUCGGCCCCGGCGGCGCAGCCGGCCUCUGACUCGGCGCACCCCGCGGCGCCGCACUCGGCUCCCGCGGCGCAGCCGGCGCCCGCCUCCAUUGCGGGCUCUGGCCCGGUGUCGCAGUCGGCGGCCGAGCUGAGCGGCGCGCCGUCGCCGGUGCCGAUGGCGGCCUCUCAGCUGUCGGUGGGCCCGGAGCCGGUGUCGCGGCGCGCGCCGGAGCCGGCCGCCGACGAGUGGGCGCGCUACGCCGCGGCCGGUCACCACUCGGCGCCCCCGGACCCCGACCAGGCGCGGCUGGCCGCCGCCGCCGCCGCCGCCGCCGCCGCCGCUCAGGUGGGCGUGUACGGCGCCAGCGGCUCCCCGCAGCACGGCGUCAGCGCGCCGGUCAACGGCGGCGACCCGACCGAGGACGGCGACAUCGGCAACCGCAACAGCAUGGGCUUUCAGAUCACGUCGAUCACGCAGAGCAGCGCCGAGCCGGACGCGGACCCGAUCGACGAGUCGGGCGACGAGGACGUCUCUGACAUGGCCGAGUCGGCGCGGCUGUCGGCCACCUCGACCGGCGCCAGCGCCGUGGACGGCCUGCCGGGCCGGCUGCAGCUGCCGCUGGCCGGCACGCCGCCGCCGUCAGCCGGCCUCACGCCGCGCGAGCUGACGGCCUCGCCGGGCGUCACCAGCGCAGAGGUGCUGCCCGUCAUCCCCACCAUCGACGGGUUCGGCAUCACGCUGGUGCCCGGUGCGCUCGAGUCGGUGGACGCGCACGGCACCGCCGAGAUCGUCGAGUUUCCCUCGGAGAUCGAGAUGGACCUGAUGCCGACCGGUCUGACGGUGGGCGUGGCGCCCGGCAGUCCGGGCGACGACCUGCAGGAGACCUGGCAGAGCCGCUUCAAGGUGGUAAAAAUCGAGACCAACGUGCCGUUCAAGCGCGGCCGCUGGCAGUGCAUGGACUACAUGGACCAGCCGGAGGCGGCUGGCGCCGACGGGACGGCCUCGGCCGGCAGCUCGGCGCACAGCUCGGUCCACCUGACCGGCGCCGGCGAGCUCGAGCCGCCGCCGCAGCCGGCCGCCUCCGAGGAGGCCUCGCUGCCUGGUCUUGCCGACGAGCCCGGCCUGCGGAGAGAGCCGCGGAUAGACGCCGCCACGCCGGACCCGGCGUCGGCGGCGGGCGGCGGCGCCGGCGCCGCGCAGCCCUCCCUCAGCGUGCCGCAGCCGGCGCCGCCGGCCGGCCUGGUGCACGGCCGGGACGCGGCCGCCGCCGCAUCGGCGCCCAACGUGCACGCCAUGGCCGCCGAGCGGGGCGCGCCGAUGACGCUGGGCGUGGCGGUGGCGGCGCCGGCGGCCGGCCUGGCGCGGCAGACCAGCCAGCCGGCCACGCCCGAGGAGGCGCGCCUGGCCGCUGACGGGGUGCCCGUGUUCCGGCCGGCCGACGGGGAGCCGCGCUCGCCGACCGGCGGCGGCCUGACGCUGCCCGACCUGCUGCCCAACGCCAGCCUGCUGGAGCUGGUGCAGUCGAGCGUCACCGACGAGCAGGAGGGAGCCGCAGACAGCAGCUUCUCGGGCCUGGCGCGCGCCCUGUCCUCGGGCCAUUUCGCCGUGCUGGGCUCCUCGCCGCCGGCGGACGGCGGCGUGCUGACGCCCGAGCCGGUCAGCACCUCGCCGGGCAGCUCCGGCGCCGUCGAGAAGACGGAGCCGAUCGACAACAAAAUCGAACAGGCAAUGGACCUGGUCAAGUCACACCUGCUGCUGGCAGUCAGGGAGGAGGUGGACGUCCUCAAGGCCAACAUCUCCAAACUGGUCGACAAGAUCAGCGCCCUCGAGCGCGAGAACGAGGUGCUCAAGAGCAACGCGUCGCCGCAGGUGCUGGCUCAGCUGGAGACGGUGCCCAGCCUGGCGCCGUCGCCGCCGCCGCCCGUCUCCGUCUCGGUGGUGGCGUCCGUACCGGCCUCUGUGGCGGCGGUGUCCGCGCCGCCCGCCGUGGCGCCGGCCGCCGCGCCCGCGCCCGCUCCCGCCCAGUCGGCGGCCGGCGGCCCGGCCGCGCCGCAAUGCUGA